AUGGCAGACUGGGCGCACCUGCGCCCCGUCGUGAGGGAGCUCUAUAUCGACCGUCGCUGGACCAUGGCGCAGAUCAGCCACCAUUUAGUCUCUCUUGGAUACCGUGUCAACACGCGCAUGGUCAGGACUAGAAUCACCAUGUGGAAUCUGCAGAGGAACAACCGGACCCGCGACAUGGUGGCGGCCCUCUGUCUGCUCGACCCUGACCCUGCCAUGUGGCCAUGGCCCGAGCCCUGCUUUCUGAUACGGGGACGUCGUGUUCCCAUGAGUGAGGUGCUUUGUUUCUUCCGGCGCAAGGGCAUCCGGAAGCCUGUCCAGUGGGCCCGGGCGACUGCGCACACACUCGCGCGCGGCGGCCACCACCAUCAUGAGACAGCUGUCACGCUGCUCCAAGGGAACGGGGGGAGCGGCACUGGUCACCCGGGCCCGACGCACAUGACAUGCCUUGAGCAGAGGGCUGUCGCCAGCCUACGUGACUACUGCAUGGCAUACAUUGGACUAGGCCGUGCUGGGUUGGUCCACGAGCCAGAGGUCCAUCAGUUCACCACGCAUGGACGCUUCGGGGACCGCAUGCAGGAGGGUCUUGCGCAGAUGGUACAUGUACGGGGCGGCAGCGCUGGCGGCGCCUUUGUACACUUUGGUCGAGCAUUCGAUCUAGUCCGCCCUCUGCUCCAAGACUGCCACCCGAUGAGUCUGGCCCAACUGCUGGCCGUUGCGUGCGAGCUGGCGGCAUGCACGGCGCGCGGCGGGCCUCCUGUCCUGGCGUCUCUGCUCGGAUACACCGCCGCCAUGGCCUCCAUCCUGCGGUUGCCAGAGUCGCUCACCAUGUUCCUCGGGACCCUCUCGCUCUGCUGCUCCACGCCGCACACGCUCCUGGUCGCCGCCGUCUCGAGUCUCCGGGCCGCGCUGGCCGUCUUUUCGGAGCGCAGCCCGACGACCUGGCAUCGACUCUACAUCCAAGAGCGCCUGUGCGACUGUCUGUACCACGGGCGAGACCGGACCGAGGGGCCCGUCCGACGCGCGCAGCUCCUGCGGGACCAGGAGUCCUUCUACGUGCCUUGUGCGCGGAAUGUUCUGUGGACCAUGACCAACGUCGCGGACGACCAACUGUGGACAGGCAGCGCGGACGGUGGUCGCCUGCACUACUCGACGACGCUGGCGCGCGCAGAGCGCCUCGGCGGUUUCGGGCGGGCCAAGAUACGCUUUGCGGCACUUGAGGGCCUGGCCCGUGUCGAGCAAAGGCGCUUUGAGGAGCUGUCCGGGCGAGGCGGCGGCGACGAUGCGCACGCUGUCGGCGAAUGCCUGCAUACGAUGCGCCGCUUCCUUGACGAGGCCUUGGGCGAGGCCCUGAUCUGGUUCGAGCCGACCAGCAGGCGUACCACGCGGGUCAAGGAGAAGGCGAGACAAGUCCGCCAUCUCUUGGCCGCCAUGGGCUCUGGCUCGGCUUAA